UCUAAACAAAAAAGAGUAAAUGAACAGAGAUAAAUCUAUAUAUAGGAAAUAAGAACAAAAAUAAAACGAAAUCAGACACAUUUGAAAGGGAUUAGAAGAGCCCUAGCUGCUGGUCACCUUCUCUACCUUCCGUUUGAUCUCCGUCGCUCACCCAUUCCAGCUUGCAGACUUCAGAAUAUUUCUGUUCGGCCUAGAUGACAAGUGCGGAGGAUGUGGACGCAUAUGAUGAUUUUAGUGAAAUCUACAAGGCCUAUACUGGCCCUGUGACUUCUAAUCCACCGAAAGAACAAGAUAAAACACUAAAGAAAAGAUCCCAUGCUGGGUCUGAUGAAGAAGAAGAAGAAGCUCAUGACCCUAAUGCCGUCCCAACAGAUUUUACCAGCCGAGAAGCAAAGGUUUGGGAAGCUAAAUCCAAAGCUACAGAGAGAAACUGGAAAAAGAGGAAAGAGGAGGAAAUGAUCUGUAAAAUAUGUGGGGAAUCAGGUCACUUUACUCAGGGUUGCCCAUCUACUCUUGGAGCAAAUCGCAAGUCGCAAGAUUUCUUUGAGAGGGUGCCUGCAAGAGAUCCUCAAGUGAGAUCUUUAUUCUCGAAAGAUGUAGUGAACAAAAUAGAGAAGGACAUUGGUUGUAAAAUUAAGAUGGACGAAAAAUUUAUCAUUGUCAGUGGCAAAGAUAGGCUGAUUUUGAGAAAAGGUGUUGAUGCUGUUCACAAAAUUAAAGAAGAUGGUGAGAAGAAAGGUUCUUCUAGCUCGCCAGUUACGCAUGCCAAGUCACUUGAACAUAGGAGUCCGCUUAACUCUAGAACGGGACGAAAGUCCAAUUCAAGCCCUCACAGUUCUCAACAUAUCCCACAUAGGUAUGGUAGACAAGAGAGAGUCAUGGAAGACCAUGUUCGUCAAGAUAUUCAAAAAUUGUCAAAUGGCUCUCCCAAUGCAAGAGGUAAGUUCUUAGGCUCAAGCGCUUAUGGUAGUGAUGGAGUUAGAGGUCGAGCGAGCCGUUCAAAGUCUCCACGUCCUUCGUACUUUGGAAACUCCUAUAAUAACUCGUUCGAAGGCCAUACUCACAACAGAGGUGGCAUCAAGACAGAUGGAUGGAAUUCUGACAGAGGCAAACCAAUUGUGCAGUCGGAUAAUUUCGACUACCCUUCCUUUCCCCUGUCACUGGAGGAUUUAGAGUUUGAGUAUAAAAGGGAGGCCAUGGAACUUGCAAGGAUUCGGGACAAAGAAGAAGAUGAAGAAAAUUGCAAGCAUCGUGAGGCCCUUAAGGAAAUAUGGGAAAGUCGAACAAAAAAGGCGGCUGCACUGAGGGGUACACAUGCGAAUAUGUGGACCGAAUUUCUUCAAGCGGAGGGCCAGAGGAGGAGGCAAGAAGCACGUCAGCAAGUUCCCGCAUCUCGUUUUGGUGGCUACAAGCAAUUGCAUUUUGCAGAAAUCGAUACUUCUUCUGGAAAUCCUUAUCAUUCCGCAGAUAACGAGAUGAAUUCGAGAGACCUUAUCACAGAUACUGAAUUGGUUAUUGGAUUUGAAUUUUGGAUUCAAAUUGUUGCUUGGGGUACAAGUGGUAUAUUGCACGGAAGCACUGCUUCGAGGAAUUCGGAGGACUGAUUUGUAAUCGAAAAUGACAUGGACUGUUUGAACGUGUUUUGCUUGUGCGAUUCAUCCUAAGAAUCAACUUGACAUUGGAGCCAAGUAUUAAUGAAAUAGUAUCGAUCCGAAAAAUGUGUAUGAAUCUGGGAUUUAUUGUGAUUUCUUCUUGAGUUUGUCAUCUUUAUUACAAGAAGUUAACCCAUCUUUCAGGUCUUUGGACAUGAUAAAAUUUGGGUUGAAUUAUUAUUUUUGUGUUACCUGUUUACUCACAAUCCAACCCCAAUGUUAUUUUAAUAUGUACAUUGCGUUGAAAUAUAAUCUGCAUUAAUAGUUAC